UACUGUACUUCCGGAACUAAUCAGCUGGGAUCUGUUUCUUUACCGGACUGAAUUUACUGAAGGGAGCGUUUUUUUUUGUUGCCUUGGUAGCGAUUACAGAAAAUCAAUCAGCUAUACAGCCACGUAGUUUGCUAACUAAAUAGAUUAAGAAUGGACGUUAAAGAGCGAAAUCUGCUGGGUGGUGGCGAGAACAUCGUUGAAAUGGUGGAUUUGGAUGAGGAGAAUUUUGCUGUUUCAAACUCAUCAGAUUCAGAUGCAGCCUUUGAUGCUGUCAUUGGGAGUAUUGAAGACAUCAUCAUGGAGGACGACUUCCAGCACAUGCAACAGAGCUUCAUGGAGAAACACUACCUGGAGUUUGAUGACUCAGAGGAGAACAAACUCACCUAUACACCAAUCUUCAACGAAUAUAUUGAGCUGCUUGAGAAACAACUUGAGCAGCAGCUGAUGGAGAGAAUUCCCGGUUUCAACAUGAGCACAUUUACCCAAUUACUCAAGCAGCACAAAGACGAAGUGUCAGGAGACAUCUUCGACAUGUUGCUUACUUUUACAGACUUCAUGGUCUUCAAGGAAAUGUUCAUUGAUUACAGAGCAGAGAGGGAGGGCCGAGGGCUUGACCUCAGUGAUGGCCUAGUGGUGAGGUCUCUCAGCUCUACAUCCUCAAAACCCAUCACCUCCAGAACAACAACAAAACUGAAGUAACUAAUGAAGAGUCAUCCCCAAACACAUGAACAUACACAUUGACCAAUAGUGCACUGUGCUGCUGACAACAGAACAGAAUUGCUUGUCUUGCCCAUGCCCUCCAGUCACAGGGGACCACAGGGAACAUGCCUUUCCCCCAGCUUUUGUAUUUGAACUGUUGUAGGUUUGCAAUGGGAAUGGUAUCAGUCAGGUUUGUCUUUGUUUUACAAUAUUUUACAAAUAGCCUUUCUCUGGUUAAGAUAGACACCUUUGUCCUCAGGGUGGGGUACAGCGUUUUUUAUUACAUUUGUGCUCGAUGACUUGAGUUUUGUGCCUGUUACAUUAUUAACACGUAUGCCAGGUGUUUGUAGGUCAAGCAUUUUAGACAGACUAAACAGUAGCCUAGUUGCUCAGCCCUUGGCAUUGGUGGUUAGGAGAACUAUAUGCACCAGCAAUGGGAAAACACUUUAGAAAUGUUUUUUUGAUUGUACUCAUAGCCCUCCACAACAAACAGUAUAUGAAGCCUGAAAGAAGAAACCUGGUACAUUCAGUCCUAGGCUGUUUGGUCGAUGGUGCUUUCUCAGAUCCUUCUUUCUCAUUUGAACCAAUGGGUUCCCUUUCUGUAAAAUAAUUUCAAUAAUACUAGUACCACAUUUGUCCUAUGUAGCAGUCUUUACUGAGGGUAAUAUUUUAAGUGUUUUAAUUAAAUGUAUUUAUUUCACUGGUUUGUACAUAGUCUUAUGUCCCAUUGCCUGUAAAUAAGUGUUUCAAAUAAAGACAUGAAAUAGUUUUGUAAAA